AUGUCAGAUACUGUCUCGACUCCACAUACGCCGCUACACCCCGAAGCCGAUGAAGAAGUUGAUAUAGAUCAUAUAAAGGAACUCUCUGAUGAGGAAAUGUUGGACUUAGAGCUAAAUCCAGACCUUGAAGAAGAUGAAAAAUGCCUGAAUGACGAAACGAAAGUAGCUAAUGGCAAGAAGGGUGAAAAGAGAUACCUUGAUGAUGCUAUUGAAGGAUUUUAUGAUGAUAGCGACUAUUUUGAACCUCGUAUUGAUUUGCAAUCACCGUUUAAUUCUGCUGAUAAACUGUCUGGUAUUCAAUACAAUGAUAGUAUUCAUCCACGUAGGCUUUCUGCAUCCCAGCAGUCAAAGUUUAUUUGUUUCUGUGAUGCAAAGCUCAUGAAUAUACAGAGAAAAGUUGUACAGAAUCGAGGGCUAAAUACAAGUGCAGGUUAUGCUAACCUAUUGGAUUUAACGCUAGACCUAAAAAGAUUGGUUGAUUUUAUAUGGUUUUCCAUAGAUGGCUGCGCUAAUACCGAAGUUCUUUUCAUGGAGAAACCAGAACAUACAAAGAAGGACUAUACAGGGACUCAAAGUACGAAUUUUGGACAAACGCACUAUUUAAUUCGGAUCGCGGACGACUUCCUUGAUUAUUUGGAUAAGUUCUCACUAGAGGAACUGGAUAGCAACACUAGGUCGUCGAUUUUAUCAAGGGUUUUUAAGUUUUUAAUGAUCAUGGACAAGAUAUUUGCACGUAUUAUCGACGGUAGGGUACCGGGGCAAGUUAAGCUAUCUGUUACAGAUAGAGUAAGGGUUAUGGGUAUUGCAGAGCGAACGAGAUAUAUAAUACCAAAUAUAUUGGAAACUCAGAAUAUAAGCGGGUAUCAUUACGAACUGAGUAAAAUUUACGAUGAGACACUUGAUAGAUGUGGGUAA